AUGGCCGAAACCUCUGUCUCUCCCACCCCCCUUCUGAAAGAUGAGUUAGACAUAGUGAUACCCACAAUCCGAAACCUAGAUUUUUUGGAGAUGUGGAGGCCUUUCUUUCAACCGUACCAUCUGAUCAUUGUUCAAGACGGCGACCCAUCAAAGGUUAUCAAGGUCCCAGAAGGAUUCGACUAUGAGCUCUACAAUCGAAAUGACAUCAACAGAAUUCUGGGUCCUAAAGCCUCCUGCAUAUCCUUCAAGGACUCCGCUUGCCGUUGCUUCGGUUAUAUGGUCUCCAAGAAGAAGUACAUCUUCACAAUCGAUGAUGAUUGCUUUGUUGCCAAAGAUCCAUCUGGCAAAGAGAUUAAUGCACUUGAGCAACACAUCAAGAACCUGUUGACCCCAUCAACUCCAUUUUUCUUCAAUACCCUGUAUGAUCCAUACCGAGAAGGUGCGGAUUUCGUCCGUGGCUACCCAUUUAGCCUGCGUGAAGGCGUUCCUACUGCAGUUUCCCAUGGCCUCUGGCUCAACAUCCCAGAUUAUGAUGCCCCUACCCAGCUUGUCAAGCCUCGUGAGAGAAACACUAGGUUUGUUGAUGCAGUCCUGACAAUACCAAAGGGAACCCUCUUCCCGAUGUGUGGUAUGAAUCUGGCAUUCAAUCGUGAAUUGAUCGGCCCUGCAAUGUACUUUGGACUCAUGGGUGAUGGCCAGCCCAUUGGACGCUACGAUGACAUGUGGGCUGGUUGGUGCAUGAAGGUGAUAUGUGACCACUUGGAAUUGGGAGUGAAGACGGGUCUUCCCUACAUCUGGCACAGCAAAGCGAGCAACCCCUUCGUGAACCUUAAGAAGGAAUAUAAAGGUAUCUACUGGCAAGAGGAGCUGAUCCCAUUUUUCCAAGCUGCAACUCUUACGGAGGAGUGCACCACUGUUCAGAAAUGCUACAUUGAACUCUCCAAGCAAGUCAGAGCGAAGCUUGGUAAGGUGGAUGAUUACUUCAUUAAGCUGGCAGAUGCGAUGCUCACAUGGAUUGAAGCAUGGGAUGAGCUCAAUCAAGCUGAAGGAGACUCCACUGAACUACCCAAUGGUGCUAAAAAAUAGAGAAUUGGAUUGAUGGUUGUCAUCGUUGACUUUUGGUAGAUCUAGGCUUGUACCGUGAUCAUCCUUUUUCUUCCAAGCUUUUGCCAGCAGCUUGGGAUAUUUAUUUUGCAGUCUGGAGGUUAUGUAGUCCCUUCAUUAUCUUCUAACAUUUUAUGCACUCUAUUGAAUUACAUUGAGCAUUAUUUAUAAUGAUGGGGUUUUUGAAG